AUGGACCCUUCCAACGGCAAGGCCUCCAACUUUGAGCGCCGCUCCUCCGUCCGACGCUCUUUGAGGCUCUCCACCUCGCAUGGUGCGACCGAAGAUGAUGACUACGACUUGAGUGCGAUGAUGGUCGCUGACGGCUUUCGACCAACCGAUAACGCUGCCUCUACCUCCAUUCUACCUCCCUCCUCACAACCUCAACACGGCGAUUACCGCCCUUCGACACCGACUUCCCAGGCACCACAGCUUCCGCCGAUCGGUAAUUUUCAGCAGCUUCCGCCCGGCCUCAAUGCCUCUCCUUCACAGAAAACAGACAUGAGAACUCGUCCUUCCAGCAUUUCGAAACCGCCCCGAAGCCACGACUCUCUAGCCCUCCGCAAUGACGGAGCAAGCGCCUCUGUCACAGGCCCAGCCCACAUUCCCCGCGUGUCGAGCAUGUCAUCGGAUUCCCCGGUCAUGAGAGUUGAGAGUCCUUACAGGGGCCCAUCAGGGCCUUCACACCCUUACCAAAUGUAUCCUCAACGCACCAUGAGCGUUGCAACUACCUCUACCUCAGCCGCCGUUGCUGCCGCUGUCAUUCCCGAGGAUCAAUCCUACACAGGUCCUCGUGGUCCGACUCAUCCGUACACUCUCUACCCCCAAAACACCGUGGCUACGGGCGAACCCGAGGCGGACCCAAUUCCCGUCGGCUUCAAUGGUAUGGGAGGAAAUUACCAACGACAAAUUGGCCCCGAUGGAGAGGAAGCUGGUGACAUGAUCGGCCCAUUGGGUCAUAUGGAGGAACUACCGCCGUACACGAGAUAUGCCGAGAACGCCUUUGUCCCCAAGACGACAGUCGCCGCAGUAUCCCCAGCAGCCACAUCAGCUGGAGGAGCCACAGUGGCCACUGCUGCUACCCCAACCACAGAGCCCACUUCGCCUAGCCGGUCAAUUGCGGGUGCUGGGGGAAUUGGCAUCGCGACCCGAGACCCGGAGUUCUCUUCGACCGAGGAUGAUAUUGGUAUGCCACGCGCACGUCCUUCGGUGAGGAGCAAUACAUCCCAGCUGAGCCAGCAUGAUGUAAAUACUGCAGCUCGAGAUGUCGCUGAGAAGCCUACCAUCAACAAAUGGCAACGGCGGGCCAAGAAGAAGCUGUGGGGAAUUGUUCCAUACUGGGCCAUCUGUCUUCUGACCGUUGGCCUGAUUAUCAUGGGAAUCAUCAUGGGGGCUGUAAUUGGGACUUUGCUCACCCGACACAAGAAGCCUCCCUAUGAAGAUGACUCCGCAUCAGCGGCGACGUCAGGCAUCCAGACUUAUGAUGCCGUCCCGACCGGGAUUGCCAAAAUCUCCACCGGUGGUUAUGGCCUGCCGCCCUUCGACAUCAGCGCACAACCCAACACAUGUUUCAACGACAGCACUCAGUCCGCGGGCUGGAGCUGCGAUAUCAAGUUCUCUUACUAUUCAAUGGAUGUCUCCGAGAUUCCCAAAGCUCCCCAAAACCAGGCCUAUCAGCUCGUCAUGACCGCGAUCAACGCAACCAACGCUGAGUUUCUCUGGGGCGCUCAAGCUCCCAGCAUUGAUACUCCCAUUACCCUUCAAUUGGUCAAUGACACAUUUGAGCUUGGACGCGGCCCUGCGUGGUGGGCGACGAAGGAACUCAACAAGACCGUCAUCGUGCCCGAGGACCAGUUGCAUACCAUCUCUAAGCGCGGAUGGGACGGAGAUGAGGACGAGGACGAGAAAGAGAAGGGCCACUUCCCGCCUCCGCCUGGGUUCAAGAAGAAGAAGAGUUGGGGUGCAAAGGUGGGUGACAAACCGUGGAUCUGCACCUGGCCCAAUGUGCGGCUUGGAAUCUUCAUCUACCCAAACCAAAACACCAGUGGCAGCAGCUUCGGCAGCAGCACAACUACACAAGGAUCCACAACUUCCACCACAUCGGGUGCUUACGCCACGGCCACUUCCGAUAGCUCGUUUGGCGACAUUCCACCCUCGUAUCCCAAGGUGUUGAAGAUGGUGGAACAGCGAUACUGGACCAAGGACAACUCCGCAUCUUGUCGCCAAGUUGAGAUCACCGACGACGGCAAAGGCUGCAAGCCCGUCCUUGAUGCCAACAAGGAUCCCAUUGUCAUCUCACUUGUCGAAACCGCUGCAACGAAUUCGAAGUUUCAACAGAAAUUCCGUCAAGUGCCGAAACGGUGGCACGUCCGAGAUAUACUACAAAAUCGAGGAACGGGAUUGGAACUCACCAGCUGCGGUUGCCUAUGGUGGUCUACAUAG